AUGGCUUCAGCAAUCAAGAAAGUGAAUAAAAUAAUCCAAAUUGUACGCCUCAGACAAGUCGUCCAGCGAUGGAAGACCAAAAGCCUCAGCCGUACGCCUCCGCCGGGAUCUUUAGCUGUCUACGUCGGCCUUGAGCUCCAGAGGUUCGUAAUCCCAACCCGUUUCCUCAACCUCCCGGUAUUCGUUGGCCUCCUCCACAAGGCAGAGGAGGAGUUCGGUUUUCAAACCUCAGGCGGCCUGGUUCUGCCGUGCGAAUCCGGGUUCUUCAGAGAAAUAUUGAAUUAUCUGGAAAAAGAUGAGGAAACAUUUGGUGGGUUGGGGCUAGAUGAGUUUUUCAAGAUGAUUUCUGAAGCCGUUUUUGAGCCGUUUGAUCAAUGUUCUUGUAAGGAAUCUUCAUCAGCUUCUCGCCGCCAUGCGUUUAUUACUACUCCACUGUUGCAGAAGACUAGGGUUUGA